AUGUCUCGAAUAGAUAUUCAAGGUGAAAUUUUUAAGCCCGGUGAAUCUUAUACUAAUCGACUGAGUAAGAUUCUUGAUGAAUAUCCGGAUGGUUCUCAAAUUCUUCGAGAAAUUCUUCAAAAUUCUGAUGAUGCGAAAAAGCCAAGAUUAAACGGUUAUAAUGAAACAAAUUUGAAAUUAGAUAGGUACCAAGGGCCGGCUCUUUUGUCAAGAAAUGAUACAAUUUUUGAAGAGCGUGAUUUCAAGUCAUUGUUAAAAUUGGCUGAUAGUGAAAAGUAUGAUCAAUUCGAUAAGAUUGGUGAUCAGUUUUCUCCUUUUUCUCCUUAUCAUAUUCCACGUGAUAAAAGUUUUCAGGGCACUAUAUUCCGUUAUCCUUUACGCACUGCACAAGAUGCCAUCGAAUCAAAAAUAUCUGAUAAGGAAUAUAGUCCUGAUCAAAUCCUGGAAAUGUUUCACAAGUUUUAUGAGAAUGAGAGUAUAAAUUGUCUUUUAUUCUUGAAACAUAUUGAGUGUAUUAAAUUUUAUGAACUUGGUGUUAAUGAAUCGGAUCCAAAGUUACUUUACCAAAUUGAACUUGCAAAUGCUGAUAAAGUUCGUGUAAAAAGGGAAUUAAUCGAACAAAAUAUAGGUCCUAUCAUGAAUUCUUUAUCAUCUAGAAAGCACACUAACAUUACUUCUUUGGAGCGUUCUCUUUGGACCGCCUCGGAUAAUGAAGAUUUGGCUGAUAAUGCGUUAGCCCAAUUAAAAGUUUCAUGGAAUCAAUAUCUUAUCGGUGUUGUCCUUCCACAAGCAUGGAUCAAAUUCUUGAUCACUCUUCCUUCAGUGAUUCCAUUCGUCAAAUCUCAAGAAUAUUACGAUUUUUGGCCUAUAAUUCAAAAUUCAACGUCUGGCGUUUCUGUUAAUCUUUGCAAAGAUCUAUUAUUUAAUAUAGUUGAAAAUCUUAAACAAGAUGAUGAAGUAUUUCAAGGUCCAUCAAAAUCGUACGAACCUGGGUGCAUAUUUGGCAUCUCUGAAACAUAUAAAAAAAUUCCCGCGUCCAAUAAUUUCAAUUUUCGUUUAUUAUCUAUCUCCAAUGGUUAUUUUCCUGAUGAUUCUGCACUUCCAGAAAUUUCAAAUAUUAUGGAAAGUAUUGGAUUCCCUGUUAUUUUUGUCAAACCCGAGGUGAAAGAAGCGUUGGAACGAUCUCGACAUAAAUAUUCUUUGAAAUUAUUUUCACCACGAAUACUUCGGGAAUAUCUCCAUAGAAAUAGCCCAAGGUGGAAAGAUCAACUAUCCAGACAAGAUAAAUUGUUAUUAUUCGCGUAUAUACUCAAAGAUAAAAAAUAUGUUGAUUUUGAUGGACUUGAGAUGAUACCGUUAGCUGAUGGUACCUUUGGAACAAUUUCCCGUGCAACUAAACGUAUUGCGUAUAUAGGUCCUGACAAGAAGCAAAACUCUGAAAAUAAUGAUGAAAGAGUGAUCUUUGCUAAUUGUCUAAAUCAAUUAAUCGACAAAGAUAUUCCUAGUGAUUUAUGGAUUCAUCUUUACGAAGGUGCAAAAAGUGGUUGGUGCCUCAAUAUCAAGAUUAUGACUCCGUCCGCAAUGUCCGAAAUGAUUAUAAAAUCUUUGAAAGGAUAUUCGGCUACUGAUGAUGAGAUAGAUUCUAAAGAUCAUAUUGAAUGGAUCUAUAGGAUUUGGUCCAACUUGUACAAGACGCGUUGUGAUUUAGAUGAAUUUCGUUCUAUUCAUUUAUUACCCACUAAUCAUGGAACCCUUAGAAAAUUGCAAACUGCUCAAAAAUGUUUUUGGAAUGGUAUUGAUGAUGUUGAUAUCAAAGUACAACCUAUUUUUGAAAAUUUUGGCGCCACAUUUGUUGAUAAAGAUUUCGAAAAACAUGAUUUCUCGGGUUGGUUAAAGUUAUCAGAAUUUGUUACAAAACUUAAAAAUGUUGCCAGUGUUUUGAAAUGCUUUCUUGUAAAUGAAAAUUUUCCAAAAAAUGUACAGCAAAAUUUGAGUCCUCAAGAAACGGCUGAUCUGAUUAAUUAUUUAUGCCAUAGGAGUUCUGGUAUUAGUAAUUCGCCUGAUCUUAUUGAUGUAAUCAAACAUUUUCCAAUUUUCACUGAAGUUGGUAAAAAAAAUGAAUUCAUAUCUCUAAAACCUGAUGCGAGAUCAUGGUAUUUACUUCCUCUUGAGGACGAAAUGGAUUAUGGUCAUAUAAUUGCUUCAAAUACAGUUGGUUUCCUUGCCGUUACGACCACAAAUUUAAGAUUCCUUCUUGAAACCAUUCUCAGGAUUCCAAGAUUAAAGCAAGAGGAAUAUUGGCGUAAAUUUGUGAUUCCUUAUUUAAGAUCUCAACCUCCUGACAUUUUUAAAAUAAUGCUCACAAAAUUAUUUGAGCGACUCCCACAACUUAUUUCAAAAGAUAUAAAGUUAAAAUACGAAUUAAAUAAUAUGGAAUUUGUUCCAGCUGGAACAAUUCUAAUGUCAAAAAAUAAUCAGUCUAUGGUUGAUAAUUAUGUUUUGAGAAAGCCAUGUGGUCUAUAUGAUCCUGAGAAUAAAGUUAUUUCUGAGUUAUUUUUUGAUGAUGAAAGCGUGUUUCCUGCUGGAAUUUUCUCAACAGAUUUCUCGUAUAGAUAUUUACCAUUAUUGAAAGAGUUAGGAAUCAAAUCACGUCUUUCUCCGAGUGAUGUUGUUCAACGAAUAGCUGUUUUUACCAAACGAAGAGAGGUUGACGGCCUCAUGGAGUUGACCUACCAGAAAUCGAUAAAAUUAUUUCAAUAUAUUGAUGAAAAUUAUGAAGAUCUUAUACUCUCUGGUGGUCUUGAUUCUUUACAAUCAAAUGGUUCUAUCUCUCAAGAAGCAUCACAAUUAGCACUUACUUUGAUGAGUAAAGAUUGGAUUCCUGCCGUAGAUCGUCUGGGGAAAAAAUUAUUUUGGAAUUCAUUAGAUUGUCGAAGUGAAAAAAAUAAGAACUUAGUUGGCCUAGUUCUUCCAAUCAUAGAAUAUUCUCCGAAAAAUGACCUUUUUAUCAGGAAUUUACAAUGGGAUUCAUUUCCAUCUGUGGAUGUCGUUCUCAAGCAACUUAAUUCUUGUAUACAACUACACAAAGAACAACAGUCUUCCACUUCUCCAACUCAACAUGAUAUACCAAAGAUAUGCGACGCAAUAUACGAGUAUCUAAAUGAAUUAUAUACAUUGAAUGAUUAUGAAUCUAUAUUAAAGUUCAAAAACGGGCUUAAGGAAGGGUCUGGAAAAUGGAUUUUAUGUAAUGGAAAAUUUUAUUCUUCUGUUAAUGUCGUAUUCGAGUUUGAGAAAGGUUUUACAAGUGGUGCUUUAGAGAUCGUUCAACUUCCAUGUGAAUAUAAAACCAAAUACAGAUCAAUGUUUGAAGAAAUGGGUGUUAGACAAAAAAUUGGAAUUUCGGAUUUUAUUGAGAUGGCUAAGGAAUAUCAAAGUUGGGAUGCUACAAAAACAUUAUCAAGUGAUGAAAUACGUAAUAUUGUUAUGCUUAUUGAUCACAUUUCACAAAGAAUUAGUAGACCAAUUGGUUUCAGUUAUGGUCAUUCCAUUAACAAUUUAAAGGAUGAUUAUGGAUUAGAAAAAUUAUUGAUUCCAAGCACCGAUUGUCAAUUAGUUGAACUAAGCGAAAUUCUAUAUGAUGAUAUGUUGAAUAAUAGAUUGGAUGAGGAAAGGAAAAAUGAUUUUAAAAUAGCACAUUCUUUGAUUUCAUUUGGUGUUGCUAAAUCACUUGGAAUGAGGAUGCUUUCUGAAAAAUUACUUGAUGAAUGUAAGCAUUAUCCACCUGAUGAUUUUAAUGAUGAUCUGGAAGAUUAUGAACAAAGUGAACCAUUGACUGCCAGAAUUCGCAAUAUCAUUAAUAAUGCGGACGAUGCUGGAGCUAGAAAAUUCUAUUUAAUCGCGGAUGAUAGAUCCUUUAACACACGGAGUCCUGAUACUUCAUUGUUAACUCCGGAAAUGGACGUUUGGCAAGGACCUGCAUUAUGGAUAUAUAAUGAUUCGGAAUUCACUGAAAAAGAUUUUAAAUCGCUUCGAAAUUUAGGAAGAAGUGAAAAAUCAAAAGAUAAUACUAAGAUUGGAAGAUUUGGAAUAGGAUUAAACUGUUGUUAUCAUAUAUCGGAUGUAAUAAGUUUUGUAAGUGGUGAAUAUAUCACUUUCUUAGAUCCAUCGCAAAAAUGGUUACCCAAGACUGGCAACCCUCCAAGAAAACCUCGUGGUAUAAGGAUUAACUUUAUCGAAAAGGAUUUCAAAAAACGAUAUUCUGACCAAGCCAAACCUUAUAUGAACAUUGAAGGAUGCGAUUUUAGUAAAAGGUUUAAUGGAACCUUAUUUAGAAUACCUUUGAGAACAAGAUUGUUGGCAACACAAAGUGAGAUAUCAGAUAAAGCAUCGUCCCUUCGUGAAUUGAUUGAUAAUUUAACGGAUCUCAUCCGUGAACAGCGACUUUUACUUUCUUCUGAAUCACAAUUAUUUCAACUCGAAAUUGAAACAACUAGAUUAAGUGGUAUCAGAUCAGCUUCUGAAAUUUGGCUUAUUUGUUCCGGUGGAGCUGAUAUAGUUGCAAAUUAUGAUUUAGAUGAUAGGAAAAGUCUUUUGCAAUAUGAUAGCGAUUUCAUGCUUUUGGAAACACCAGAAAACAAAUGGAAUGAAUAUAUUUUAUUCCAUGUUCUUCCACCUUUACAUGCGAAACUUUUGGAACAUAUAGCAUUAUUAGAUCAUAAACGGUUCUUACAAUCGCCAAAGAAACAGUUUGAACCAAUUACAUCCACAAUACUGUGGCCAAUUGUUAGAGAAACAAAUCAUAUAUUCGGAAACUAUGUAAAAAAAUUAAUGCAACAAUUGGAACUCGGAGAUCACAAGAUUUUCUGGACUCUCGCGAACGGAGGAAUGUUUACCUCUCAUAAAGAUGCUUAUUUUGCAGUACCCAAGCUUAAAAAUAUUGCUAAUGUUCUCGCAACUUUAAAUAUAUCAACCGUAAAAUUAACCGAAAAUCAAAUGAGUGAUCUUAUGACAUCACUUCCAAUGACUAAAACUAUCACCGUUCAGUUGAUUUGUAAUGUUUUUUAUGAAACUCCUAACGUUUGGGAUUCUUUUGACCAGCCUCACAGUUUGGUUAUCAGUUUACUAAAGUUCAUGUUUCAAAAUGACAAUGAAACAAUUAUGGAUUUCCGUGGACUUACUUUAGUACCGUUACUUGAUGGAACUGUUGGAACAUUUGGUCAUCAAAAUUAUUAUAUAUCAUCAUCACGUAUGCGGGACUUAUUUAAAAAUGUGUUGACCAAAUUGGCAAUGCACCUAGGUAUAGCAUGA